UGUGUGUGUGUGCAGCCAUUUUGAGUUGGCUUGCUGCCAGCAUUGAGUAAAGCAUUAAAGACUUCUGUUGUAAAUUAGAGACUCUCAAGUUUUGUGCAGACCUAGAAAUAAGAACACGAAAGUGGUGUCAGUAGUGGGAUACUUUGGAUUGCGUCCAAAUACCCAGAUAAGAAUCUAUUUUUCGAUUAAAAAAAAGUUUUUUUCAGUUUUGUAGUGUACUUAACAUGUCUCGGCAAUUCGAUCGUUUCGAUCCCGAGCGGGAAAGGUGGUCGUCAUAUUUAAUGCAAGCUGAAUUUUAUUUUGAAAGUAUGGCAAUUACUACUGACCUGAAGAAGAAGGCUCUCUUGUGUUCAUCAAUUAGCGAUGUUACAAUACUUCCCGUGUGCGCGACUUUGGCGCCUUUGAGGGGAGGGGAUUAAAAUGUAGUUUUGUACUGCCUAUCGGAGGCGGACUUCCUCGGGCUGCUAGCUGCUGGAGAAUAAUUGAUCCGACUCCCGUUCGCGCUACAUUUAAAAAAAAAAACUCGCUGUACAAUUUAAUAUUUGGAUUAAAAUAAAAAGCGACUUCGAACACCCUCAACACCUACAAUGUGGCGGAUCGCAAGAACAGGACGAAACAAAGUAUGAAGGAGAUGAGGUAGAGGUGGAGGUAGAGGAGGAGCCUCAGUUGCAGCUCCCUUUCAGAGAUCGAUCUCACAUUGAAAAAACCCUCCGGCUGGAUGAGAAGACCACAUCUGAUGAUUACUCGGGUGUGUUGCAGCGGUUACGAAAGAUAUACCACAAUGCCAUCAGACCCAUGGAGCAAGCAUAUAAAUACAACGAACUGAGGCAACAUGAAAUUACAGCCUAUCCAGGACGCUCCAUGACCUCAUUUCAAGAUGGAGAAAUUGUAUCAAAACCAAUGAUAUUGUUCUUGGGACCAUGGAGUGUUGGAAAAUCCACCAUGGUCAACUACCUCCUGGGACUGGAUGAGAAUAUUUACCAACUGUAUACAGGUGCAGAGCCAACGACAUCAGAAUUUACUGUUCUCAUGCAUGGAAAUAAGGUACGGACUGUGGAAGGAAUCGUCAUGGCUGCUGACAGCGCUCGAUCAUUUUCUCCACUGGAAAAAUUCGGACAGAACUUUUUGGAGAAACUAGUUGGCAUCGAGCUUCCACACAGGCUGCUGGAACGAGUGACUGUUGUAGACACUCCUGGAAUCAUCGAGAACCGUAAACAGCAAGAGAGAGGUUAUCCUUUCAAUGAUGUUUGCCAGUGGUUCAUUGACCGAGCUGAUCUCAUAUUUGUUGUGUUUGAUCCGACCAAGCUGGACGUUGGAUUGGAACUGGAAAUGCUCUUCCGUCAGUUGAAAGGUCGCGAGUCUCAAAUCAGAAUAAUUCUAAACAAGGCUGACAAUAUAGCCACUCAAGAACUAAUGCGAGUCUAUGGAGCUCUCUUCUGGAGCUUGGCACCACUAAUCAAUGUCACUGAACCACCAAGGGUCUACGUUAGCUCUUUCUGGCCCUAUGAGUACCAAUACGAUACAAAUCAAAACCUCUUUUUGAAAGAGGAGGUCUCCCUACUGGAGGAUCUUAACCAAGUCAUUGAGAACAGACUAGAGAAUAAAAUUGCCUUCAUCCGCCAGCAUGCCAUACGUGUGCGCAUUCAUGCCCUGCUUGUGGAUCGAUACUUGCAGACUUUUAAGGACAAAAUGACCUUCUUCAGUGAUCCCGAGCUGGUCUUCAAUGAAAUACUGGAUGAACCUGACAAAUUUUACAUCUUUAAAUCCAUCCUGGCUAAAACAAACGUCAGCAAGUUUGACCUGCCCAAUCCUAGCAUCUAUAAAGAUUUCUUUGGCAUUAAUCCCAUCAAUAGUUUCAAAUUGUUGUCAGCACAAUGUUCGUACAUGGGAGGAUGUCUGCUGGAGAAAAUCGAGCGCAUCAUCGCCCAUGAGCUUCCUGGUUUGCUGGGAGCUAUCUCCGCUGGGAAAAACCCACCCCUUUCAUCCUGUGACAUCACUGGAUGUGGAGAAACACCAAAGAACCGAUACAGAAAGCCCUGAACAAAGCGCUUGUAAAUUAUUUAUGGGUGGAAUUGCUUAUGUCUUAUGUGUCCAAGAAGCCAUGGUUCAUUAACCCUUUGAGAACUGAACUUUCUGCAUUCAUGCAUCAGUUGUAAACCUUAAGGACAUUUAAAAACUAUAUGUACAUAAGAUACUUUUCAAGAAAUGCCAUUCAAUGAGCAAAGUUACACCAACUUGGUCAUUUUUGAAACAGUUUAGAAAAGUUUGUAAAGGGCUCAGAGGGUUAAUUUAUUUGCUAUGGUGGUAAGUCUCAUGGUGCAUGUUUAGUAUAGAGUUUUGAUGACAUUUCUGCACUGUUUGGAGCAUGUUGACUCCUAGUUCUUGCCGGUGCUAAAAUUUGUUCUUGUAUUUUUCUUAUAUUCCCUCUUCCUUUAGUUAUUCCUUAGCACUUUGAAUCGCUUGUUUUGUCUAAAAUGCAGCUCCACCUUCAUCUAACCCAUCUUGCAGAUAAAUAGUUUCCCAUUCUCCACCAUCCCAUAUUUAGGAAUCACCUUUAAUCUGAUUGGCAAACAAUUCACAAAUCUUGCACAAGAAUGCAUGUAAAAGUUUAUGUUUUUAGUGGUUUUGCAAUCUGGUGAGAAACUCAGACUAAUAUCAUUGCCAAAUCAUUCAGAUUUUCUCAGUAUAAUCUGAAGAAUAAAUUCAGGUCAGUAAAAGGGACAUUGAUUUAAAUCAUUGCAGGUUUCAGGAGGCCUGGUUACAAAAUAUAAAACACAUUGUUUCACAAUCUAUCAAAAAUGUAAUCAUUUCAUAAAACAUACUUUUUCUCUUACUGUUGCCCCAUUUUUUCCUUCAAUUGUCUUUGACAUGACGCUCAAUAUGUAACAGGUACACAAAUGGAUACAUCGUCUAUGAAUUGUUCUGUGAUAUGGGAUUCAUCAGUCACCUUAAACAGCAGUAUUUCAAGGUACACUGUACUAUCCUGUCUUGGCAUCAUUUGAGCAUGUUGCACUGACAUCUCUGAAACAGUUUUCAACAACAUCCCGAGUUGUAAAUUAUUUCAGAUUGGGAUGCAAAAUAACUUGAGAUAUUAAAAAUAAAUGGUGUGCACACCACAUGCAGAAAAGUUGUAGAUUUAUUUAAGAGGACAGCCAAAAUUAAGUUUACUUCGCGAUCAUAUGGACCUUAUUGCUUCUAUUUGUUCUUUGUCUAUCUCUUUUAAACUCCUUCCUUUGAAUUUGGCCCUCUGUUUCUACAGACAUGCAUAAGAAACCUGCACAGAUAACUAAGGCUCUGCACAGAUAACUAUCUUUUUUCUUCCAGUCAAAAUCCCACUCCACCUUCAUGAAAGGUAGACAUUUUUCCAGCAUCUGCAAUUCUUUCUUAAACACGCCACCUUCAUUAAAUACAUUUCUAACAGGAUUCUGAAAUCAAUAAUCUGUCAAAUCAGUUCUGCAGAUUACUGAAAUGCAGUAUGGGAAAUAGAACAACAUAUGAGACAAUGUGAAAGAGUGGUCUUUGAUAACCUAUUAAAAUAGAUGCAAGAAGAUAGGAAAUAAUUGUGCAAAAUGAUUGCACAAUAUUUAAAUAUUUUAACUAAAUUAAUAUGUUGUACCUGUUUCAUUGGAAACUGCAUUGAAGGGAACUAAUCCUCACAUACAUAAACCAUUACUUUUAUCCAAGUGAAUGAAAAUAAUUGACUUAAUUAGUGCCUUAUUUACUUUCAACUAUAUCCCAAAAUACCAAAGAGCAUAGAACACAUAAAGCUGGCCAUUUUAAAUUGUUCAAUUGUAUAUACAAUUGAAGGGUACAGAUAGGGCACUCAGUGGGAAACCUUUCCCCUAUAUCAGAGUUAGAUAACACUGAGAGGCAUAGGUUUAAAGUAAGGGGGUAGUGAUUAAGAGGGGAUAUGAGAGGGACCCACUUCACCUAGUGAGUGGUAAGUAUCUGGAAUGCUGUGACUGAGAGUGUGGUUAAAGUGUUUAGAUGGACACUUGAAUUGCUUAAACACAAAGGGCUAUGGACCAAGUGCUGUGCAAUGGGAUUAAAAUGAAAUGCCUGUCAGCGUGGACCAAUUGGGCUGAAUAGUCUGUUUCCAUGCUGUACAAUGAAGAUGAUUUCAUGAUUCCAUGAUGAUUUUCCAAGAACCUCAGUAAAUGAUUGGUUCUUUUUGGUAAGCUGACACUAUGUAAUGUAAUUGAUAGAUUUGUGGUUAGCCAUGGCACAAUUGACUGAACUCUCACCUCUGGGGUCCGCAGGUACUGAGAUUUAGUUCCACUCCAGAAAUUUGAGGUGGACCUUUCAGCAUAGUACUAAACAUGUGGUCUUAGGACUUUGUGGUAACUAACCACGUUCCAUUGGACACAGCCCAUAGUAUUUUCUAUAGAUGAAGAGUGCAAUGUGUUGAAUAUAUGAUGAUCGUGCUCAUGAUAUGUUGAUUCUCGAUGUUGGCAGGAGCUCACCAACGUUGGCAUUAUAGCCAUUGUAGUUGUUAGAGAGAGAGAGAGAGAGAGAGAGAGAGAGAGAGAGAGAGAGAGAGGGAUAAACAGAGAGAUUGAUACAGCUAUGGUGUUUGCAACCUGUGAAAGUCUGUGCUUUGGCAACUGUUUAUAGGGUGACCUGGUGUUUUUUGUAUCUCGUGAUUUCCUCACCAUUUGGAGAAUUUCCAAAAUCCAUGCAAUCAAUAUUCCAGUUGAUUGCGUAACUACAUGGCGCUUGCGAGGGUGUUGACCAUUGGAAACAUUGGGACGUUAUGGAUGUUUCCAAAAGUUGGAUUGUUCCAAAGAAAUGUUUAUGAUGCUAGCCCUUUCAUCGAUGCUUUUCGAUUCUGUCUGUUACCUGUCCCUGGCUAAAUAUCAAAAAUUAGAUAAAGUUGAGGCUAAGAAUUUUUUUUCCAAAAUAUACUCACUUGAAUUUGAAAACUGCAGGCUAUAAACUAUAGGACAGUAGGAAAUAAGCUGAUUGAAUAAAGGACCCUCGUGAUAGCAAAGAAGCAGCUGAAUGUAACUAUUUAUGGCUAGUUGUUGGAACCUUCUACUUUUUAGGAUUUAACAUAGGUUGAAGGGUAUUUUUUAUUGGGUUGAACCUGAAUUCAUCUUUUAUAUUUUGUUGCUGCAUUGCAUCAGAGUUAAAGCCUAAAAUUAGAAAGCUUCAAAAUAUCCUACAAUUAAACUCUCCGAAUUUUUGUAUUUCACUCCAGGAGUACAGAAUAAAUCAAAUAUCAGUUUACUUUGAUUUGUAAACUUCAUAGCCCCUGCUAAUAAAGUUAAUUUUCAAGCA